GGAUCCUAUAUGGUGUCUUGUUGACUUCAAAUUUUUUGAUUACUGGUGAGCAAAUGACAACUGCUAAGAGACAUGGGAUUGUAAGAGGGACUGCCAAAUGAAACCAGCCUAGAUACUUUAGAAAUUCUUUAACUUUAAAAAGGAAGUCAGAAAAUGUAUUGCUUUGGGGAAGAGGUUAUGCUUUUGUUUCUAUAGAAAAUGAAAGACUGUGGAUUCCUUCAAGGUUGAUAGAUAUCAGGUUUGAUCAGGGAAGACCCCCUGAAAAUCCUGGCUACCGACAUAAAGAAAUAAACCUAUAAAAACUACAAGACAGAUGACAUACAUUUUACCUGCUCAAACAAAAAACAAAAAAAAAAAAUCAUCUUUGGCUGGCUUGUGUACAAUGCGCAGUCCAUACUUAUGUUAAUGCAGAUAGGUAUGAAAGUUUCUAUGUUUUCAGAGCAAAGGGACCAGAUACCAGUGAAAAUGGGUGGCCCAGGUGAUCUAACCUCUCAGAGUGCCGCUGUUGCAGUUUCCUGAGAGUUCUACAUUCAAUACAGCUUCAAAGCUGCUGGCUGAGAUGGUCUAGCCUCACAGACUAUUCUAGCCAGGACUGAAGAUAAGCCUUGUGCUUUCCCAUUGCACAGACACUGGGCAACAAAUGUUACAGCUAGCUUUCCCAGGACUUGACCAUUAUCCUGAUUUUCUCAGGGUCCCCAAAGAUGCCAUCACCACCAGACAACAUGAAACAGUAUAGAGAACAUGAUACUUACAUUCCCAAGAGGUGGGGUGGGUGAUUUUUGGUUGUUCAAUGGGUUAUGGAUGUAUGUCAUUAUUUGGAGGUUGGUCACAAGUUGUUACUAGUCAUGGUCAGGGGAAAAGCUAAACAAGGAAAUUAGAUUUAGGAAUAUCUUUCUGAAGGAAAAAGGGGGAUGUAGUAUAUAAAUGAUGGAAUAAAAGGGUAGAUUGUUGAGUCUACUUUUGAAUAACCACUAGUCUCAAAUAUUUUACAUUGGUAUGGAAUUUUGUGUAUUGAUACAAAUGUAAGGUUAUUUUUGUUAGAACAUACUGUACAUGUUUUUACUCUUGUUUAAGAUUUUGUACCUAUGCAACUCAUUUAGCAAUGUAAUAUAAAUUUUUAGUCCUUAAACAUUAUUAUUACAAACUACUUAGGAUGACAAAGAAAUGCAGGUUAAUAUAGUUAGUCACCUAUAUUAUCAAACUUGUAGUCAUAAUAAGUAUAUUUUCAAGGUCAAACAGAGAUAUCUUUUAUAGAGACAAGUGGUCUUAAAACACUUCAAAGACCUACAGAAUAUGGCACUUAAAAUGUUUUGAUAACAUAAGGCUUUUCAUGACAAUGAGACACAUCUGCUCCUGGAAGCACCGAUUUAUUUCAAAAAAGGAUAAUGGGCAUCAAAGAACCUCCAUAUGGAGUUUGCUUUCAUUUGUAGCAAUGUUAGUCAAUGGGCAAAGAAAUUGCCCUUGCCUCAACUGCUGACAGAAUGCUGUCCAAACUGGACAAUCAGAACACAAAAGAAGACAACUGCCAAAUUUCACCAAGACAAGGUAGGGCAGUCAUUCAAAAUUCUGCUUUACAAAAAAAUCUGUCAGAUAUUUUAGGCCCAUGGGCUGAAGAUGGAUGUUCCAGUGUUACAGAGGAACCUUGGGUGAUUGUCUAGGCAUCCUGCUAUUUCUAUCAUUUCUAUAGUUUUGGAAGUUGUUUGGUCUGUACCCCCUGUUUACUCAGGUAAUAUAUUCUUCUCUGGGCUCUGAUGGGGUUGAAGAUGAAACAGUUAUAGUUAAAGUUUUCUUUGUUACCAAAUUCAGAAAAGAAACUUACAAAAGAGAUGUAAAAUGUAUAAGGUUGAGAGACAUAAAAGUUUAAGUUGUUUAUCUAAGAAAAUGUUUUAAGUUCUAAAAAAAUAUUUUUAGACUGAUAAUACAAGCUGUGAUAAAAAUGGUUUAGGUAUAAAACUUUGGACUCACUAAGAUAGGAUAGUACUUUCUCCAAAUUUGCCAAGUACAUAUGGGAUUGGACAUUGUAAAUGUAAAUCUUACUUGAAAAUUGUUCUUAUUGUAUAUAGUUUUACUUCAUUAAAGUUAAAACCUUCCCUUUUUAUUUAGACAAUACCUGAUAAUUGUUCUUAUUGUAUAUACUUUUACUGUGUUAGAGUUAAAAGCUUUCCUUUUUAUUUAGACAAAGAGGGGGAAAUGUUGCAGAAUAUUCCUUUACACUGUGAAAUAUGUCACUGUGAUCAGUUUAAUAAAGAGCUAAAUGGCCAAUAGCUAGGCAGGAAGAGAUUAGGUGGCACUUCUGGGGACAGAGAAGACUUAGAGAGAAAGAAAGGUGGGGUCACCAGCUGUUGGGAGCCAUGCAGCCUAGUCUCAGAUCAGCAUAUGACUACCUAUCCAAUGGAUUUCCUUAGGGCAAGGCACCUGUGGAAAGAGACUCUCACUUGGCAAGGACCAGUAGUCCACAAGACAGCACAGAAAUUUGCAAAAUUUGUGCAGCUUGCAGGUUCUUAUCUCUCUCAUUAUAUUGGUGAUUCUUUGGGUGUUUUUUUAGUUUUAUUCUGUCAGUCACACAUGCAAUAGCUGCAAUUUUCCCUGGAUAUUCUGCUCUUCCUCAAAUAUUUUCCUCUAAGAUUCAACAGGGGGCUAAUGCUUCUCAAAUCUCUUACCUGGAAUCAGUAACUACAACUUCUAAUCCUGGGAACUUUUCUGACUCAAUAGAGAUAGUUAGGUACAUAUUAGAAAACAACACUUGGAACAUUAACCAUAUCUCACAGUUCUGGAAAGGAGAAUAAGGCAUGCAUACACAGAAUAGGGAAAAAGCCUCAGGAAUACACAUAUAGUGCCAACAGUUGAGAGUAAGUUCCCUGGACACCAAGCAUAGAAUCAUUGGUAGGAUCUGGUAUGCUCCAAGAGGAAAAAAUACAAUGCAAAAUGUGGGAUGGAUAGAUCCAUCUUUAUCAUCCAUAGAAGCUUAUAUUGGUAGAAGUAUGAUAUAUAUAGUGAGAUGGGAAAAGAGUGCUUUAUCAAGGUCUGCCUUUUACAGAGAGAUUGAGACAUGGGACCCUUUUAUAGGAAAAGGAACUGUAUAAAAAUAUAUCUCACAGACAUGAAAGGACUGUCUUGGUUUGAAUAUUGUCGUCCUUAAAACACUGUUCCCAUGUCUAUUACUUUUUUAACUUUGUAGCCACAGUAGCUGCCAGCUGACAUAAGUGCUGAGAGAGCAGGAUGUUUCUGGCUUGAUACUUAGUUAAGUCUGAAAAAUGCUGAACUCUGUGUCUAGGAUAAGGUUAUGUGGGGGGUGGGAAGGUGUAUUUGGGAAAGCAUAAAGGGGAACAAUGGGGAUUUUCAUAAUGAUCAUGAUGUAUUCCUUAAAUUAUGAUGUAUUUCUUAAAGUAAAAAAUAGAAGCCAAUAAUAAAGCUGUUCAUAUAACCCUGGUUAAAAAAAAAACUCUGUUUAAGUAUAAAUAAAGAGAGCCUGAGCUAUUGGGGGCCACUUGGGUAAAACCCACUUGGUGGUCAGAGGUUUUCUUGCACUGAUACCCCUUCCCUGCCUCAGGACCUGAACCUGAGCCGAGGCUGGACCCCAGCAACCAGGCAGACACAGAGGGAGCAAGACAUGCAGUAGGGAGGUAAAAGCCAUGAGUCAGUGGCAACACAUAGAUGAAUAGAAAUGGGUUUAUUUAAAUGAUAAGAACUAGUGGAAUACGCCUAAGCUAUAGGCCAAGCUUUUAUAAUUAACAAUAAGUCUCUGUGUCAUUUUUUUGUGAGCUGGUGGCCCAAAGAAAAAUCCAUCUACAGAUUACCCUUCUGAAGAGCAAAGUGUGUAUACAUAUUAGGUCCCGUGUCUUGUGGUGAUGGAAUGUCCCCUGACAGGUAGCUCUCUGUAGCUGCCUGGCAUCUCUGGUAUCAUGCCACCUCUGUCCCUCACAGUCCCUCUUACACCAUGCAGGCUACAGAGGGAUUGAGAUCUGUAGCUGCUCUACUUGUGGUUUCUGAUUUUACUGAAAUUGUUGGAGUGUUUGAUAUUAAUGAUAGUUUAGAAUAACAGAGAAGAAUUUACAAGCUCUUGAAAUACUGCCAAGAACCAGGCACGUAAGUCUUAGGCAGAAAAAGACUUGCUUUUUCUUCUUUCCAAUGUUCCAGACACCUUUGCUAUGUUUAGGUGAGGGACCAUAGACAGACUGGGCAGCUGAAUAAAACCUGAGUAAGGGAAGCACAGUCUGCCAUAAGCAUGCAAAGUCUAGCUGGAAGAGAAGGAGAACUAACAGCCCAUACCCUGCCGUCAUGACCUCUCUAAAAGCAAACCUCAGAGUUUCCUCCCAUUGUGGUGAACAGGUCACUAAAGACUAGCAAUCCCUGAUGGCACUGUGCCUACAAACUGAAUGGCAGCCUUUGAUCAUUGAAGCUUUAUAUAGAAACUCCAACGCUGAAAGAAAUAUAAAGAGCCUGUGGACCGAGGAGCCACUCUGGAUAGCUCUAAACGCUGAAGGAGAUCAUGAGACCAUGAGGAGGGUGCUCAGUUAUAGGACACUGCUUGGUUUGUUUCCAAAUGCUCCAGCUCGGAAACCACUCCUGAUGGUGCUCUCUAUCUUUGUUUUCUGGGUCAUCUUCAUGACUUCAAAAGACCACACAAAGUUUUUGUUUCGCUUUAACAACCCCAUCACUCUGAGACAAUGGCACAUCUUCAAGGAGUUUUUGCACUCCGAAGGGCUUCCGAACACAUCAGCCCCAACAGCAGAGGUGGAGCUGAUGGUCAUGGACAUCCUGGAGAAGCUAAACCAGCAGAUCCCACCCAGACCCUUUGCCAACCUCAGCACCACCACCAGCGCCAAAGAGAGCACGGCCACCAUCCUCAACCCUCGUGGCAAAUACUGCAUAGGUGACCAGCUGGAUGUCCUGCUGGUAGCCAAGGACCACUUUGGUCACAGGAAGGAGUAUGGUGGGGACUUCCUGAGAACCAGGAUAUUCUCCCCAGGCCUGAAAGCAGGUGCUUCUGGAAAGGUGACAGACUUCAACAAUGGCACCUACCUUGUCAGCUUCACUCUGUUCUGGGAGGGCCCGGUCUCCCUGUCUAUUCUUCUAAUGCAUUCCAGUGAAGGGGUGUCAGCUCUCUGGAGAGCAAGGAACCAAGGCUAUGAUAGAAUAAUCUUUACUGGCCAGUUUCUUAAUGGCACCUCCCCUGUUUUCACUAAAUGUGGCCUGACCUUAAACACAGAUGCCGAGCAGUGUCAAUAUCUGGAUGCUCGGGAUAACGAAGCCUUCUAUUGCUUGAAGCCUCCAAAUGUUCCCUGCGAGGCUCUGACCCACAUGAAAACCAAGAAUAGUAAUGUCUCCUACCUCAGCACUAAGGAACACCUACUUUUCCAGAGGUUCAACAUGGCAGUUGAAGUGAUAAAGAAUUUGGCCAUCAAAGUCUCGCCAUGUAACAGGAAUGAAAUCAAGAAAAAGAAAUGUCAAAUUGGAAUGAAGACUCCUUUCCCUAGUGGCUAUAUUUUCAAAGGAAGAUGGAUUUCAACAUUUUGCAAACAGAAUGAGUUCAGUGAGAUGCAAGACAUAAAUAACUGCUUGACAAGAAAACUGAUUUACCUCAUGGGUGAUUCCACACUGCGUCAAUGGGUGUACUACUUACAAAAAGCUGCAAAAACCCUGACAUUUUUUGACCUGCAUGGAGCUGGGUUAUUUCAAACUCAUGUUCUUCUGGAUAUUAAACAACAUAUUUUGAUACAGUGGAAAAAACACAGCCAUCCCUUUGUUACUCAAACGUUGUACUCUUUGAAAGAUGACAACUAUAUCCCUCGGGAAAUUGACCAGGUGGCAGGAGACAGUCGCACAGCAAUUGUUGUUAGUUUGGGCCAACACUUCAGACCCUUUCCCAUCAACAUUUUCAUCCGUAGGGUCAUCAAUGUCAGAAAGGCCAUAGAGAGACUGUUCUUACGAAGCCCAGAGACCAAGGUGAUAAUUAAGACCGAAAAUAUCAGAGAAGUAAGUGAAAAUGCAGAGAUAUUCAGUGACUUCCAUGGAAACAUUCAGAAUCUUAUUUUAAGGGACAUUUUCAGGGACCUUAACGUGGGUAUUAUUGAUGCUUGGGACAUGACCAUUGCAUAUUGCAGUGAGAACACCCAUCCACCUGACAACGUGGUUGCAGGUCAAGUCGCUAUGUUCUUAACCUACAUUUGCUAGAGGAUCUUAAGGUGCAGAAAACAUCUCUAGCCCUUCCUACCCCUGCUCUCUCCAAUCUCAUAUGUACUGCACAGACAAUGCAAUCAAAUUUAUGAAGAAAGGAAUAUUGAGAAUUAUAGUUAAGUGUACAUAACAUGAAAUUUACCAUUCAAACCAUUUUCAAUCCUAUAACUCAGUGGUGCUAAUGAAGUCCUAUGUCACACCACCAUCAUUUUAAUCCAUUUUGAACAAUUUUCUUCAUCCCAAAUAGAAAUAGCAAACCUAUUUAUUAAAUAACCACUCACCACUUCCCCGACCCACAGCCCCUGGCAUCUACAACUAUAUUUUCUUCCCCUAUGAAUUUGACUGUUUUAGACAUCUCAUAUAAAUGAAAUAAUAAAAUUCAUGUGAAUUCAUGUCUGGAUUAUUUUACUUGACACAAUGUCUUUAAGGUUCACCCAUAUCAAAUGUACGCGGAUGUCCUCCUUUUUAAAGAGUGAAUAUCAUUUCUCUCUAUGUAUGUACUGCACUUCGUUUAUCUGUUUAUUUGUUGAUGAACAUUUAGUUUGUUUUUGUCUUUUGGGCAUUGUAUAUCAUGACGCUGUGAAGAGGCAUGCACAUUGAAAGGCGUGUUUCCACUUCUAAGCUUGAUGUUUAAAUAGUAAAUCAUCAUUAUCCAUU